CUAUCCUUCUCUGUGUGCGAAAUAAUACAUUUCAGUGGCGUGAAGUAUGUCGAAUACCUACGUGAACACGUGGAACGUGGCGUUGCGGGGCCAGUGCCUAGAUGAGGAAUAAAUCAGCAGGGUACGAUAUAACGACUGGAGUCGAUAAAUGAAAACUAGUAUAUUGACGCCGUAUUAUUGUGCCAGUCGAAAUGAAUAAAUCAACGAAUAAUUAAUUAUCGGAGAGGAAAUAUAACGAUACUAGUCUAGCAAAAUGUGGACAAUCAACCCGACGUCAUCGAUCGACCGCUUUCGAGUCUAAGGAAAACAGCCACGAUUCUAACCCCACCAAGAUAGAAAACAAAGAACCAAAAAAAAAAUAAAUAAUAAAAAUAACAAAAGCAACUAUAAUAACAAUAAUAAUAAAAAUAGUUCAUAGUACAAAAAUUCUAUAUAAAACGAGAAAAAGGAAAAAAAACCAAUAAUUAACAAAACUAUUCCUGUAGUGUAACAUCUGGCAAAUCAGGCAAUCAACCAAGAUCAAAACGAGCAAUGCCUUCGAGACGAUCUAAGGGUGGGCUUUUAGCCAGAGUCAACUUCCCGCUGUACACGCUCCAAAUGCUGACUAGUCGUCAUGUCUUGGUUGGCGGCGGUGGUGGUUCCUCAAAAACUGGCGUCGCUAACGGGUUUGAAAUAUUCGAGCUUUUCCAUGACGGAGUUCAGUUUGUGGCGGAGGAGGUGACGAGACAUGAAACAGGACCCAGUGUGGUGAUGAACUGUGCAUCUCACAAUGAUGGGAAGAGGACUGUGGUUGUGGCUGGACAGGAGAGCCACUGCCAGUUAUACAACGUCAACAUGAAGAUAAUUAAUCUUGAGAACGGAGAAGUCGCUAAGGGAAGUGUAACCGGAUCGGGCACAGCGGGACUCCGGCAGCGCAGAAGAAGCGAGAGGGAUGAUGCAGAGAGGGAAAAGGAAAAGCUGAAACAGGAGAGAGUCGAGGAAGUUGUCGACAGCAAUUCUAACGUCAGGCACAAAAAGCUGCAGCUCGUCAUCAAACCAGCUGACAGCAUUCAGACUGAUUUUAGUAAAAUCGAGCCGUUGCAGCGAAUAGUGCGAGUGAGUCCAACAGGAAAGUACAUGGCGACCGGAGGAACAGACGGCUGUGUUCGUCUGUGGAAGUUUCCACACAUGACGAAGGUGCACGAGAUGAUUGGGCACACUAAGGAGAUAGAUGAUAUGGACUUCAGCCCAGGAGGCGAGAGCUUGGCGACCAUAGCCAAGGAUGGAAAGGGGUUUAUCUGGGACGUAGCUUCCGGAGAGAAACGGAAAGAGCUGUGUUGGGCGGUUCCGGAAGGCACGAAGUAUAUGUACAAGCGGUGCCGGUUCCGCCUGGUGGAGGAGGACAAGGCGAGGACGCAAUUGUUCAUCCUCUCAAACUCCACGUCUAGCAAGAACCUUAGUUUUCUUCAACUCUGGGACGCCGAUGGCGGCGUCGUGCUCAAGUCUGCGCCCUACAAGGAGACCCUGUCAGCUCUGGCCGUCUCCGAUAACGGCAGGUUUGUGGCUGUCGGCACAAUGUUCUCCGGCAACGUUGAUAUCUUCAUCGCCUUCAGCCUCCAGCGUGUUCUGCAUGUUCCCGGCGCCCACAGCAUGUUCAUCACCGGCCUUGAAUUCCUACCAACGAAACUCGACGGCCCUGCUAUCACCAGCAACACUGAGGCGGCCGUCGUCAGCAUCUCUGUCGACAACAGGAUAUGUGUUCACAGCAUUCCAUUCAGACACACGCUGCCGUUCUGGAUCGUGAUUGUUCUGAUCGUCUUGAGCAUAUUUGGAGCUUUCGUAGUCUGCAGCUAUCUCGGUAUAUGACCCAUGCACCAAGAAGCGAAGAUAAUGAAUGACGUAGCAAGACAUGUUGAGUGAUUGAAAAUUAUCGCCAAUAGGAUAAGAAAAGACAAAAUGGGAUAUGAACUCUGAGAGUUUUAAAUGCUCUUUAUUUAUUCAUAUAGGUUACGCUGUUAUGAAAUAUUUUUUUGUAUAUAAGAUAGAUGAUUAAUUUGACGCCGCUAUUUACUGUCGGGUUUAAGUACGACAAUAAAUAAAUCCUGGAAAUCUACAAGAUCACUUUACUGAACAACAUUUGGCUUCGAAACUUUCAGUCAUUUUAUCUGUUUCUGAUAUACGACUCGUAUUCCGUUUGAUAUGUAUAUCAACAGGGGCAUAUUUUUUACCGUUAAUUAUGACUUUAAAUAAAAUUUAAGUAAGUCUUGUCCAUUUCGGUGAAUGAGUUA